GUGGUUCACUGCCCCAUGAAGAAUCUUCACUGGUUGUGAAUAAAGGGGAGGAAUUAAGGCUGAGAUGCAAUGAGGAUGGACCUGUGACUUGGAAUUUCCAGAACUCGAACCCUUCGGCAAAAGCAAGGAGUUCCAAUGAAAAGGAGUGGUACACCAAAAAUGCAACAGUCAGAGACAUAGGCAGAUACAUAUGCAAAAGCAAAGGCAGUAUUGUCACCUCUUUUUAUGUUUUUGUUAAAGAUCCAAACGUGCUCUUCCUUGUUGAUUCUCUGAUCUAUGGAAAAGAAGACAGUGACAUCCUGCUAGUGUGCCCACUAACAGAUCCAGAUGUUUCAAAUUUCACGCUGAGAAAAUGUGAUGGCAAACCUCUCCCCAAAAAUAUGACGUUUAUUCCCAAUCCCCAGAAAGGCAUCGUUAUAAAGAAUGUACAGAGGUCAUUUAAGGGCUGCUACCAGUGCUUGGCCAAGCACAACGGAGUUGAGAAAAUAUCGGACCACAUUUACCUGAAUGUGAGGCCAGUUCACAAAACUCUUCCCGUCAUCACCUUAUCCAAAAGCUAUGAGCUUCUCAAAGAAGGGGAAGAGUUUGAAGUUACAUGCACAAUCAUGGAUGUGGAUAGCAGCGUACAAGCUAGUUGGAUUUCUCACAAAAAUGGGAUUGUUACAAGCAAAAGCAGAAAUUUGGGUGAUUAUGGAUACGAAGGGAAAUUAACAUUGAACAUCCGUUCAGUGGGAGUUAAUGAUUCUGGAGAAUUCACAUGCCAAGCAGAAAACCCUUUCGGAAAAACCAAUGCCACAGUAACCUUGAAAGCACUAGCUAAAGGAUUUGUCCGUUUGUUUGCAACAAUGAAUACCACAAUAGAUAUAAAUGCAGGACAAAAUGGAAAUUUAACAGUUCAAUAUGAGGCAUAUCCAAAACCGAAGGAAGAAGUCUGGAUGUACAUGAACGAAAAUUUACAGAAUUCAUCAGACCAUUAUGUCAAGUUCAAGACUGUGGGCAAUAACAGUUAUACAAGUGAACUUCACCUUACCCGAUUAAAAGGAACAGAAGGAGGCGUUUACACAUUUUUUGUGUCCAAUUCUGAUGCCAGCUCCUCUGUAACAUUUAAUGUCUAUGUGAAAACAAAACCGGAGAUUCUCACUCUGGAUAUACUUAGCAAUGGUAUUCUCCAGUGCGUAGCAGCUGGAUUCCCAGCCCCUACCAUAUACUGGUAUUUUUGCCCGGGAACUGAGCAGAGGUGUUUUGAUUCACCUACAAUAUCCCCCAUGGAUGUCAAAAUCAGUUACACAAACUCAUCAGUGCCAUCAUUCGAACGAAUCCUGGUUGAAAGCACCAUUAACGCCAGCAUGUUCAGGAGCACCGGUACCGUGUGCUGCGAGGCCUCCAGCAAUGGGGACAAGAGCUCUGCUUUCUUCAACUUUGCUAUUAAAG